AGGGCAGCUGCUCAUUCAUCCCACUGUACUGCAUACAGACUGACAACGCUAGCUUGUUCUCACAAUGGACUUAGCUGGAGAUUGUCAGCUAAAAUGGAACGCUUGAAAUAUUAAACCCCGAUGUGUAAAAUGUGAAACUCACAUUGUAGAUAGUGUGUGAACCAGCAGGGAAUCAGACAAUCAUCAGUGGUGCAGCGGACGCGGUGGCUUUGCAAUAAGAGGAUCAUGUGGUGGGCUUGGUCCUUCUUGCCUGCUCUGGUGCUUCUCUCAGAGCUGUCUGUGGUCAGAGUCCAGACGGCACCAUGCCAGACCUGUAGAAAACUCACCGACAGUUUCAUCGAGGGCUUGGAGAGAACGGCCAACAAAAACUUUGGGGGAGGAAACACUGCCUGGGAGGAGGAGAAGUUGGCUAAAUAUGCAACCAGUGAGACUCGUCUUUUGGAGAUUGUAGAAUCUGCCUGUGAGAAGGCAGACUUUGAAUGUAACCGGCUGCUGGAGCAGAUAGAAGAUCAAGUAGAGACCUGGUGGUUUCACAGGCAGCAAGAGGCACCCGACCUGUUUGAGUGGUUGUGCAUAGAGCAGCUGAGACUCUGCUGUCCGCCUGGUCGCUUUGGACCAGACUGCAAAGAGUGUCCAUCUGGCCCUGGUGGUGUAUGUGGAGGUCUAGGUCGCUGCGAGGGGGAGGGGACUCGUCUGGGAGAUGGCGACUGUGUCUGCGAUCCUGGGUACUCGGGCCAUCUGUGCCAGAGCUGUGCUGAUGGCUAUUACCGAGAGAAAAGCUCCAACGAUAGUGCAGGAGCCUGCGCAGCCUGCUACCACUCAUGUAAGAAAUGCACAGGGCCACAGGAUUACAAAUGUCACGACUGCAAACCUGGGUGGAUCCUCCAUGACAACAAGUGUGUGGAUGUGGAUGAGUGUGGUACUGAACUAGCUCGCUGUCCUUCCAACACCUACUGUCAUAAUACAGAUGGAUCAUACGACUGCAGAGGCUGUGACCAGGCAUGCGUGGGCUGCAUGGGUAGUGGUCCUGCCCGCUGUAAAAAAUGCGCCCGUGGCUAUAGAAUAAAAGGCGCAAAGUGCAUUGAUAUAGAUGAAUGUAGUGAACGUGCAAUAGCCUGCCCGGGGUUAAAUGAGGCCUGUAUUAAUGAGGAGGGAUCCUUCCACUGUGAAUGUGCUGAUGGUUUCAUUCGAAGAGACAGCAUUUGUGUUGAUAAUAAGCCUCCAACUGACCCAGACAAAGGCCUGUUUGAUGACAUGACAGACGAUGAAGUCCUUGUGCUGCAGCAGAUGUUCUUCGGCGUUGUAAUCUGUGCCCUGGCUACACUCGCUGCUAAGGGGGAUAUGGUUUUCACUGCCAUUUUCAUCGGAGGUGUAGCUGCUAUGGCUGGAUACUGGCUGACAGAAAAAGGAGACCAGAUGCUGGAUGGGUUUCUAAAGGGACGCUAGGUAGUGAGUCUGAGGUCUCCAGUGGAAUAAGGACCUUGGAACCACAGCCGGUAAAGCACUGAAAACUCCAUUAGGGCAUGAAAAUAUCCCUUUGAUGCUUGUCUUUCAGGGAUUGACUUGGGAUUGGGGAGAUACUCAAAAAGGGCUUGGAUUUAUUUAUGUUUAUAAAUAGGAUAAUGCAGGAAAAAGUGAGAACUUGAAUGCUGUUACAAGCGUAAAUCUUGAAGAGGAAUUAAGCUACACUGCACUGAUACAAAGGAACUGAACUUGAUCCCCUACCUCAACUGUGUUGGGAAUAAGGGUGACACGAAGACAACUGCUGAUUGUUAAAUGUAUAAUGCAUUUUUAUGUUUCAUUUUGCGCUGAUGUCAAAGAAAUGCAGUUUUCUUCCACUGUUUUUUCCACACCAACACCUCUAGUCAUCAUGUUUGUCAUUUUUGGUUCUCUCAGUGCUGUGGAAGCAGAUGAAUAGUGAAUAGUACACAGGUUUUGACCAAAGCAGGUUAAAGCAAAACUUAAGCUUAUGCAACGGGAUUCAUUGAAACUCUGGGAUUUUUCCAUUAUGAAAUACUGGUUAUUUAUGUUCGCACCAUGACUUUUUUACCUCCAUACUUACUGAAUGAUAUGUUUUAGUAAUAAUGCAUGAGAAUAGGAUUUGAAAUGAGAGAUAAUACACCGUAUGUAUUAAUUUACUGUCUUUACAUUGGCAUGGAAGACUGACCUUUACAGCUGCUGGAUCAACAACAUCACCGCUACUGACUACUGUAUGAGUGCAGGUACCAUUUAUGUCUUUGUGAGCCAAUGUGCUAAGGAAUAUACCAGCUCUGAACUGAAUGAUGCUAACCAUGUUUUGUUGCCUUUCAUUUUUUUUUCACAGUAAUAUUUAUUACCAAGAUGCUUGCCAUCUAUUGUGUAUCUGGAUGUGUAUUUCAAUGCAUUUUU